AUGGCAACACUUCCCCUUGCCGCACCACCGCCAGAUCAGAUGAAGCGACUCUUGCGGCCUGGGCCUCAGCCAAGCACUCCAGCACCACGAUGCGGCCUUUAUGCAUGGCUACCUCAUUCCGAUCCCUGGCCAUCUCGGCCCGUACAGCAUUCUGGAUCGUGGAG